AUUUAAGGUUUCCCCAUUAUAUUUUAUUAAUUUAUUUCCUUGUUUUGUUUCAUAAUUAUUUCAUAGCCACUACUUCCUUAACCAUGGAAGGGUUUAGACGCUUAAUAAUUGUACUUGUUUUAAUUUUUUGUGACUUUUCUGUGAUGCCAAUAGGAUGUAUCGAAAUGCCACCAGAGCCCACUAAACUAAAUUGCAGUGACUCUUCAGUUUCAUUCAGACAAGGUAGCUUAAGCGGCAAUGUAACAGCUAGUAAAGAUGGGCCUAAUUUAAGAAUUAAAAUAAAAAGUAAAGUAGCAUGGAACAGUUCUACCAAUCCAAGUGAUUGUGGAAGUAAGGAAGACAAUGCAACAAAAGGCCCUGUGCUUACUACAACGGUAGAAAAGGGAGGAAAAGGUGAAAAGGGAGAGAAAGGUGAAAAGGGAGAGAGGGGAGAAAAAGGUGAAAAUGGAGAAAAAGGGGAAAGGGGUGAGAAAGGAUCGCUAGGAUCACGUGGGUUAGAUGGCGCAAAGGGCGAUAAAGGUGUAAUGGGUUCACCCGGCAACAUAGGCUUAACUGGUCCGAAGGGAGAUAAAGGAGACACAGGAGAGCAGGGACCAAAGGGAGAAAAUGGAAAAGAUUGUGAAGGUUUAUCAGCAGCGGAAUCGGGGCUAAAUAAUGUGGGUUCAAAAUCAAUGCCAGCAUACACCUGUUCAUCAAUUCCUGAUGAUGGUUCUUUUUACAUCAAUCCCUCACGAAGUUUCGAAGUUAAUUGCGAAGGAUACAAAACCUGUAUUAAGCUACCGGAUCGUCUUAGGAGCUCCAACUUUAAUACCUCAGCAUAUGAAUUUAAAGAUAAAAAAGGUUUUUGGCUAAGUACUUUAGGAUUCACCGUGAAAAAACUAUAUGAUCAAGAUUUUUCAAGGUUGUUAUAUCUCAUGACGAAGUCAGAGGGCUUUCAGCUCACCAUGAAAUAUCAUUGUUUCAACAGUCCAGUUGAGUCAUUGAGAAUAAUGACAUGGAAUGGAAAUAUUAUAAGUAAUAUAUCGAGCCCCAAAACUCCAAUAAAAUUUGUUAUACCCGAAAAGAGUAAUGGGUGCAAGGACGCUAAGAAGAAUGAAUUAAAAAGUUCGACUAUAGAAAUUGAAUCUGACAUAACAAGUUACCUUCCUGUUGAUUUUUACUUAGGGGACAUUAUAGGAGAUACCAUUCAAAAAGUUUAUAUUGAGCUGACAAGCCUAUGCUUUAAAUAAUAAUAUGAAAAAUAUUCAAUUGUCUAAAAUUACUUUUUAAAUUAUUAGCGAAGUUAAGUAUUUCACUAAGUAGAGUAACAGAAAGUAUUGGAAUAUUGAAUUAAAUUAUUAAAGGAAAAGAACAUGUUAAAUGUAUGAAAAAUAGUAGUAAUUUUAAUGAAAUUUCUAACUUAUCAGAAAAACUAGAUAUAACACUUCUGAGUGACAUCUAUGUUAAUGUCAUGGAAUCUCUUGAUGUCAAAAUAUUCUGUUCUUUUCUUUGUUCACAAUACUUACUAAUAGAUGUCGCUGUUUGCCCAUGCAACUAUUUUCAUAAAUUACGAUAGUUACGAUAAUAAAACUUCAAUAAAAAAAAAAUAUUAACGUUUUUUAGUGAAUUUGGUUUAUAGUUUAUUUGUUAAUUUUGUUUUCUUUGCAAGAAUACCCAUAAAACUUACACACCCGAAAUAGAGACCUUUCAACAAUUUUCCCCUUAUAAGUUAGGAUGUUAAUUUAAUUAUCUAUGAUGACGCUUUUAGUAAAUUAUAUAGAAUACAUUAA